AGCAAACAUUAUUCUUUUUCUUUCUGCCAUUAGGAAAAUAACCUGCUCGUUAUUUAAACCACGUGUAAAACACUCUUGGCUGUUGAAUUAUUUUCUUAGUAUUACAAGUUAAAAUAAACUUGAAGAAUCAAUAUGGACAAACCAGUUGUUCUAUCUCGUGUAUUAAAAGUAUUGGGUCGUACUGGAUCACAAGGCCAGUGUACACAGGUUAAAGUUGAAUUCAUUGGUGAACAGAACAGACAGAUCAUCCGAAAUGUAAAAGGACCAGUUCGUGAGGGCGAUAUCCUUACUUUGCUCGAGUCUGAAAGAGAAGCUAGAAGACUUCGAUAGGUUUAGUAAAUAAAUACAAUUUUAUGCGGUUGUUGCUGUUGCUGCUGCUGUUAUUCCUUUUACAUCCAAUUUUAUAAAAUGUAGAACACAUAUUGUAAAAUUUAUUAAUAAAGCGACAACUAAAAAUAAUAUAA